AUGACGGGGGAGAUAGUUUAUGCUGAUCUGAACAUCCCCUCCGAAUGGCCCUGCCUGAGGCCCCCCCAGGCGUCUCAGCACCUCGAGGGCUCUGGGUGCAAACUCUGCCCCGCGACCUGGCUGCUGCAUAGGGACAAGUGCUAUUGGGUCUCUGGAAAAAUGAAACCGUGGAACGAGAGCCGUGACGACUGUUCCGCGAAGCACUCUCAGCUGCUGGUGAUCCGGGACGGGGAGGAGCUGGAGUUCAUAAAGAAUAGUACACAAGAUUCAACUUUUGUUUGGAUUGGACUUUCUCUCUCAUCCCUGGGGAAGACCUGGAUCUGGCUGAAUGGCUCCCAGUUAAAUCAGACUCUAUUCCCAUUACCAGUUCAAGACAACGGAAAUAGCUGUGGGGCAGUGAAGGGGAAUCGGAUUCAGUCUGACGCGUGUACCACCGAAUAUGAAUGGAUUUGUCAGAGGGAGACUGUUCUGAUAUGA